GAACAAACGAUGAGAACGACGACAGUCAGUGAAAAAUGACGAACUGUGGCAAAGACAAAAAGUAAAAAGUGUUUGGCAAAAAAUAUUAUAAACUUUUCUUAAAAAUCUAUUGUUCUUAAUUUGUCCGACAACAUCAAGCACCUGCAUUUGCCAAAAUGGUUUUCAAUAUUUUAUUCAAGGAUCGUGUAACAAAGCCCCAGAAAAAGAUGCUAAUCACUCUGUUGAGGGAGACCAAAUACAUGGAGGGCAAAAAAGAAAAAGAAUGGUAUUGGGAAAAGAUUCAGGAAGCCUUGAAUAAAAUUGGGCCUAAAAAGACUAUAAUACAGUGGAAAAAAUGCUGGCGCGAUAUGCGUCUAACAACACGUAAGAAACUAGCUGAGCUAAAGCGGUGUCAAAUGGCCGGUGGCUCUCCACCGCCCGGAAUUGAACUUAGCCAAGAGGAUAACGAUAUUAUAGAUAUUGUCGGCACCGAAUAUUUUUAUGAAGAAAUGAACGGAGAGCUAAAACCCGAGAACUUCAUGUCAGGUUUUGACUAUGUUCCCGAACACUUCUGUGAUGCCAUAUUGACUGCUGCCGCUGUAUCAAGUGGUCAACAGCAACAUAUGCAACAUCAAAAAGAGCAGCAUGCAGCUCAGCAGCAACAACAGGACCAUCAUACAAACGAUGGAGAAACUAAUGAUGCUCCAGGAUCUUCGAAUCACACCGACACACAAGCCGGUGCAUUCGGACAGGCCGGAGUAUCUCAGAUGACAGGCCAUAAUGGCGACCAUUCGAAUUCGACCGGGACUUUGCAACAGCACAAUAUAAUGCCACCACAUCCAGCAUUCUCUGGAGGCUUGCAUCCUCAUCUUAUGCGAAGGCAACAACAUGCCACGGCUGCAUUUCACCGUGAAGCUGCCUUUGAGGAGAAAUUACUGCAGUUCAUGCAGGAUGCCUUUCCCAAAAAGAGUAAAAAACGAAAAAGUCGUGAUCCCGACAAACUCUUUCUGUUAUCACUUUAUGAGGAAAUCAAACGAGUGCCGGAAGACAUACGACUGGACGUAAAGGCCGAACUCAUCCAGGUACUUAAGAAGUAUCAGAAAAAAGCACCAGUGAAACAAGAAAAAACCCAUCACACUCACACACAAUCAUCUUCGAGUUCUGGAAAAUCUUCUGGGAAUACAACACCCAACGAUAAAAUUCAACUUCCACAGCACACGCAACUCUCGCACAGCAUGUAUCAAUUGCAGAAGAAGUAUGACAAAAGUGAAAAAGAGCCCUCGCCCCAAUCACAGGCAGAUCGUGUGCAACAACACGCAAGAGAACAAACAUCCACGACCACUGUGGCGCUGCAUGCUCCCCAACAAAUUCACACACUUUUCCAACUGCAAAAGAAGUAUGAAGAAACAACCGCUGAAAAGGUCCAUCAACAGAACGAGCAACGUAAACAUGUCGAUGCCGCCCACCAGCAACACCAGGCAGCUCAUCAGCAACCACCGCCUCCUCCGCCUUCCAACGAACAACACCUUCAUCAUCCACAAAUGCCGCACGGCAUAAUGUUUCCCCUACCCCAGAUACGUAACGAACAGCCAGGAGCUCAACAACAACAUCACACCCACAAUCCCCACCAACAGCCCCAGCAAAGCCAGCAUCCACACCAACAAACACAACAACAGCAGCAGCAACAGCAGCAUCAUCCUCCUUCAAUAUUCGGCAACUCGACUACUUCAGCACCCGGCAUGAGUACAGAUCGUCCCGCAAUGCCCUACGAGAAUGUCGGAUGAAUGUGGAGUCGUUUGUGGGAGGCCGCCUGGGAAGUUAGAUUUCCCCUGACGGCGGUACCCUUAUUAGAAAAUAGCACUAAUAUUAAUAAUGAUCCUGAAUAGACACGAUCGAAAAAUAUUAUUAAAAAUGGAAAACAAACGUAAAAUAUGUAUACUGACCUUUAAUUGUUUAUUCAAUAUUAAAACAAAAAAAAAAUAA